AUGGAUCAUCGAACCUUUAUUCUCUUGUUUAUUGUUCUCCUCUUCUCCGUCACCGCGUUCUCAUCCGAGACACCGAACGACGGCGAAGAUCCAAUAAUCCGGCAGGUGGUCGAUGACGGAGGAGUGCGGUUGGGAGCAGAGCAUCACUUUAAUGUAUUCAAACAUAGGUUCGGGAAGGUCUAUUCAUCCAAGGAUGAGCAUGAUUACAGAUUCAACAUAUUUAAGGCUAACAUGCACCGCGCUAAGAGACAUCAGAUAUUUGAUCCUUCGGCGGUUCACGGUGUUACUCGUUUCUCGGAUCUGACUCCGCUGGAGUUUCGGAAGUCCGUUUUGGGAUUGAGAGAGUUGAGGUUGCCGUCGGAUGCCAAACCGGCUCCGAUUCUUCCUACUGAUAAUCUUCCGCCUGAUUUUGAUUGGAGAGAGAAAGGAGCGGUUACCCCUGUUAAGAAUCAGGGUUCUUGUGGAUCGUGUUGGAGUUUCAGCACCACUGGUGCACUUGAAGGUGCUCAUUACCUCGCUACCGGAGAACUUGUCAGUCUUAGCGAGCAACAACUCGUUGAUUGUGAUCAUGAGUGUGAUCCAGAGGAGGCGGGUUCAUGCGACUCUGGUUGCAACGGUGGAUUGAUGAAUAGUGCUUUUGAGUACAUUCUAAAAUCUGGUGGAGUCAUGCGAGAGAAAGACUAUCCAUAUUCUGGUAAUGAUAAAGGCACCUGCAAAUUCGACAAGACAAAGAUUGCUGCAUCAGUUGCAAAUUUCAGUGUUGUUUCGCUCAACGAAGACCAGAUUGCUGCCAAUCUUGUGAAAAAUGGGCCUCUUGCAGUUGCUAUAAAUGCGGUAUAUAUGCAGACAUAUGUUGGAGGAGUAUCAUGUCCAUAUGUAUGUUCCAGGAAGCUUGAUCAUGGUGUGUUACUGGUUGGAUAUGGUUCUGGAGCCUAUGCGCCUAUUAGGAUGAAGGAGAAGCCAUAUUGGAUCAUUAAGAACUCAUGGGGAGAGAAUUGGGGAGAAAAUGGGUACUACAAGAUUUGCCAGGGAAGAAAUAUUUGUGGAGUGGACUCAAUGGUUUCUACUGUGGCUGCUGUUCAUACUACUACUCAGUAG